AUGAUGACGCGGCUUGUGGUGGAUAAAAUUUCGAAAUUUACGUGUGUGGAAUUUGAAACGCUUCCAAGUAUAAUGCCACAUGACACCUUUAUCAUUCCACCUAAAACUACCUCUAUCCUGAUUACCAUUGCACCAUACCAUCCACCAGUUUCUUCACAACAACAAACUAGCAUUCCUCUUUAUACCCCAAUGUUCACUGAUUCUACAGUUCCACCUACUACCACUACCAUACCUCUAGUUUCAGUCAACGUAUCUAAUACAGGGGCUAAACCUUCAAGUUUCUCAACCCAUGUUUCACAUCUUGUUUCCCCUCAUAACCGAGAUGACCGGGAUAUGAUCUUUGAUGAUGCUGAAGAUGAAGAUCUUGGGGGAUUCACUUAUAGUCCUUUCCAAAUACAGACUGAGAGUGAAGCAAUUGAGUCUAUCUUAGACAUAAUCACGAAGGAGCAUUCUGCUAAUGCUGCAAAGAUGAAUAAAGGAGUUGCUGAUUCUGCUGAAGUUUGCAAAACUACAACCAAAAAAUUUGAUAAACCAAUUACUGACACUACCACCAUUAUGGAGAAUUUCCAAACAACCUUCAACUCCAAUACCCCUACAACCAAUGAAGCUCUAAAGAGUCUGGGUUCUCUCUUCAAAUAUGAGAAAACGAAAUUGCAAGAGAUUCAUACUGGUCUGAAAACUGACCAUGAAGCAUUUCAAACUUCAAUAUCCUCUCAAAUUUCCAAGCUUCAAGAUGAAUCAGCGAAAGAGAGUGACAUCACACACUCUCUUUUCCCUCAAGAUGAAAGAAGUAAAGGUGUUAUGUACGAAACUAGAAGCUUCAGAGAAACAAGUCGAUGA